GCCACCGUAGAAGAAGAGAGGAACCGAAGUAGCACGUUUGUUAGUGGGUCAGUCAGUCAGUCAAUCGUAGUUCUUCCACUGCACAGAAACAGCAGGCUGUCAGCGACUUUCUCUCCAAAAUGAACGGUUUAAGCGAGGAACCAAUGGCACCACAAACCUUUCUUUACGGCUGUGUGCUGGAAGCUGGAAAGGAGGUGACAUUCAAUCCCGAGGAUGACGACUUGGAGCAUCAGCUGGACCUUAGAAUGGCUUGUGUUGACCCCAGCACAAAGGAUGAACUUCACAUGGUGGAGGUGGAAGGUCAGGACACAGAGGGCCAGAAAAUCAAGGCGGCACUUGUUACACUCAAACCCUCUACACUUCCAUGUGUUUGUCUCGGCGGUUUCACCAUCACACCACCUGCCGUCUUCCGCCUGAAGGCCGGGGCAGGUCCCAUCCAUAUCAGUGGACAGCACCUCGUCAUGAUGGAAGCUGACCAGUCUUUUGAUGAAGAUGAUGACGACGAUGAGGAAGAGGAGGAGGAAGACGUCAAACAAUCCAAGAAAAGACCUGCUUCUUCUCCAUCCGUCAAGGCUCAGAAAAAAAUGAAAAUGGAAAUGGAUGACGAUGAUGAUGACGACGAGGAUGAUGACGAUGAAGAGGAUGAUGAGGAUGAAGAGAGUGAGGAGGAAAAAACACCUCCUAAGGCCAAACCAACGCCAUCCAAACAGAAGGGCCCAGCUCAGAAUGGCAAGAGUUCUAAACCCGCCACUCCAGCCGCAAACCAGACCCCUAAAGGUAAAGGUGAGAAGUCGCCUAAAACCCCACCAACACCCAAAGGAAACUUGACUCUUCCUGAGAUUAAAGCCAAGAUGAUGGAGGCAGUCAACAAGGGAGUAACAUUACCCAAAGCCCAGCCCAAGUUUGAGAACUUUGUGAAGCAUGGUCAUAAAGUCUCAGACCCCAAGGCGAUUGCAGAGCUGUGGAAGUGGAGACAGACUCUGAAGGAUGCUAAAUAACUCCCACUCUGUAGUUUUAUCUCUUUUUAUGGCUCGUUUUUGCCCAUAGCACCUCUCAAACCCAAACUCAGUGCCUCACACUUGUCAUAAAAUCACUUCAGUCUAGUCCAACUUGGCCUGCUCUCCUCAGUGAGGAGACUGGAGAGGCGGUGGUGGAUAAUAACCAUGCAUCGCCUUCUCAUUAGUACAGAGAAAUUAUUUGGUUUGUUGAAUAAACCCUAUAAGAACGGUCUUAGAUCACUGUAAAUAAAAUUCUCGCUAGCCGAUUUCUUUGUUUUUUUUUUUUUUUUUUGCAUCAACUGUAAAAUCUGAUUUGGUCUCAUAGCAACAGUAUAUACACCCAUCAUAACACACGCUUAAGACAUAAAACCUUCAAAUGAGUUUCAACCAAAGCAUAAUCUAUUGCUUCCCAUAGUCCAGCUUUGGUAAUGCAUUUUUGCCAUCCCUAGUAAUCCUGAUCUAGAUUUGGUACCAUCAAGAACAUAAACACUUGGCACUUUUUUUUUUUUCCUUGAAUGUUCAUGCUAAUGUGAGAUUACAGAUAUCAUAAUCCCACUAAACAUUGUAUGUAAUAUUGUUUCAGAAUUCAAGAUUUUCUUGUAUUUUACCGUCCGGGAAAGAACAAAAAAUAUAAUCAACAAUUGGGUAUUGAGCAAAAAGCUGCAUUACCGUUGAAGUGAAGCGCCUGACAUAUUUCAACUCUGUUGGGGGAUCUGUUUGCCUUGUGUUGCUAUGACUACUGACAGUCCUGUAGGCCUAAGGCUCCGAAUGCCUCGAGUGACCCGCACGCAUGAAGGAAUUUGCGAGUGAGUUUUGUGAUUGUUCCUUAAAAAUUUCCGACCUGUUUUCGAGAAGCUGCAAAUUCUUGUGAGUAGUUCAAGUUGUAUUAAAUGCGUAAAUGUUGGUGCAUGAGGCCUGUUCAAGCGGAAGAGCAUUCCAUGUUGUCUAGAAACAUCUCGUCAGUUUUUAUGACUUUAAAUAUGCCGUGGGUUUGAAUGGACUUCCCAAAAAAUGAUUAAAUAAAAACAAAGAUGUGGA